AUGGGAAGUCGAUUCGAGUCCAUGGAAGGCAAAAGGCUCUACGUGGGAAACUUGAACGAAGAUACCACAACUGAUCAGAUCGAUUCGCUAUUUUCGAGGUUUGGGAUUCUGACAAACGUCUGGGUGGCCAGGAGGCCCCCAGGAUUCGCCUUUGUUACCUUUGAGGAUCCCAGAGAUGCUUCAGAUGCAAUUGCCGAGCUAAAUGGCCGGGAAUUUCAAGGCACCACAUUGAGGGUGGAGUAUUGCAAAGGCGCUCGUCCAUCCAGACCCUUUAGAACACGCGAAAGGGAUCCGCAUGCGUUUCCAAUGAGAAAUGCCGAGUUUGUCUUUUCCAUCCUCAUUCGAUUAGCUAUAGGAGGAGUAGAUCUAGAAGUAUGCAAAGAAGAAAAAGCCCAAGUUAUGGGCGACCAUACCCUAGAGAUAGACGACCCUACUAAAAUGUACAGUAUAAUGUUACACGUUAGUUCAAAGUUAUAG